GAGGUCCACGGGCUGGAGUCGCAGAACCUGGCUGCGGGACGUGGAUGGAGAUGGAGUUCGACUGCGAGGGUCUCAGACGGCUACUGGGCAAGUACAAGUUCAGAGAUCUCACUGUGGAAGAACUAAAGAAUGUAAAUAUGUUUUUCCCACAUUUCAGAUAUUCUAUGGACACCUAUGUGUUCAAAGAUAGUUCCCAGAAAGACCUGCUGAAUUUCACUGGCACUAUUCCUGUGAUGUAUCAGGGUAAUACAUAUAACAUACCAAUUCGUUUGUGGAUUUUGGAUUCCCACCCUUUUGCUCCCCCCAUUUGCUUCUUAAAGCCAACUGCAAAUAUGGGAAUCUCAGUUGGAAAACAUGUGGAUGCUCAAGGCAGAAUAUACUUGCCCUAUCUUCAAAACUGGAGCCAUCCUAAAUCUGUCAUUGUUGGACUAAUUAAAGAAAUGAUUGCCAAGUUUCAAGAGGAACUUCCCCUGUAUUCUCUACCGUCAUCUGAUGAGGCACGGCAGGUAGACUUGCUAGCCUAUAUUGCAAAAAUCACUGAAGGUGUCUCAGACAUGAAUUCAAAGAACUGGGUAAAUCACGAGCAUAAAACAGUCAAUAAAAUUACUGUGGUUGGAGGUGGAGAACUAGGUAUUGCUUGCACAUUAGCAAUCUCAGCAAAGGUAUGUUUUGACUCAUUACCAGAUUUGUCUGCCUCUGCUCAUUCCAAGGUGGUGAUCUUCACGGUCAACUCUUUGGGUAGUUCUCAGUCCUACCUGGAUGUGGUACAAAGCAAUGUGGAUAUGUUCAGAGCCCUUGUCCCAGCUCUGGGACAUUAUAGUCAACAUGGUGUCCUGCUCGUUGCAUCUCAACCAGUGGAAAUCAUGACAUAUGUAACAUGGAAACUGAGUGCAUUUCCUGUAAAUCGAGUGAUCGGAAUUGGAUGUAAUCUGGAUUCACAGAGAUUACAAUAUAUUAUUACAAAUGUCUUGAAGGCACAGACGUCAGGAAAACAAGUAUGGGUUAUUGGUGAGCAGGGAGAAGACAAAGCGAUCAGCAAGACAGCGAUGAAUAGAAACUUGGUGAAAAGACAUAACUGUUCUAAGAAUAGCAGAGCCAUGGAACUGUUACGGGUAAAAGGCCAAAGAUCCUGGUCUGUUGGACUGUCGGUAGCUGACCUGGUUGACAGUAUUGUAAGCAAUAAAAAGAAAGUACAUUCUGUAUCAAUUUUAGCAAAGGGAUAUUAUGGUAUAAACAGUGAAGUGUUCUUAAGUUUGCCUUGCAUCGUUGGGACCAGUGGCGUAUCAGAUGUCAUCCAAAGCACAGUGAAGGAAGAUACAGUGACCAAGAAACUCCAGAGCAGUGCAUCAUCAAUCCAUGGUCUCCAACAACAGUUAAAACUUUGAUUCUAAAGUUCAGUUACCAGAAGGGAAAGGUCAUUUAAUUUGGCCAACAUAUAUGGGGUUGAGAAUUUCUGUUUCUUAUUACUUACCCUUACAAACUGCUUGGUUAAGGUAGAUGGUUUCCGGUUAGCUUUGUAAUUUGAAUCCUUAGGGAGUGGGGCAGUGGGGAGAGAUCUGAUUUUCUGUGUUGCUCUUGAGCUAUCUAAACUGUUCUUUAAACCUCCAGCAGAAGUACACAUUCAUCUACAAUAUGCAUCAUUUAAAUUUAUGGAUCCUCAACUAAAAGCACAUUCAGCACUUUGGGAAUAUUUUGAAAGUAUAUAUUUUUAAAAGAAAGUGACUCCCUGACUGUUAUAAUAAACACGAUAAGCUGAAGGUCCAGUAUUGAUUUACAGAAUCUGUGCUAGGUGUACUUUCAAAAGAUCCCCAGCCUAAGGUAUUGUUUCUUCUUUAAAAUAUAAUUGGUAGUAAUGGGAAAGCAUUUUGUUUCCCCUCUUCAAAUUAAUUAGCUACCAAAAAAAAAAAAAAUUUUAUGUGCACUUUCAAGUAGUAAAAGGGCAAGUGAAAUUUUUUAAUAUUUGAAGAAAAAGUGUAGUUAAAUUUCCAGUGGGACUGUCCUUUCUGAAAUUUUUUAUAACCCUUUCUUGGGGUAUAUAAUAGAUCUCCAACAUCUCAAAAAUCCACUAUACUACUAGUAUCAUAAAGAAAUGUAUAUUUUUAGUGGAAAUAGAUUAUGAAAAAAAAGCCAAGCAAUUUACCUUAAAGCUAAAAUAUGAGGCUUUCUUAAAAACCAUUAGUCUUAAGGAGAAGAGGUUGGAUGGACUGGCUGUUCUGAGCGAACCUUUUUACCACUCCUGAAGAAAUGAUUCAGAGUCCGUAUGCCUUUUAUGGGUCAGUAACAGUAUCUUCAUAUGUGAAAGAUAGCGCAUUAUUACAGAUGCAACACACAACUAGUAGUAACAGCUAACGCUGACACUUCUAUUUCAGGCAGGGUGAUGAGCACUUUAUUAUUUUAUUGAAUCCUGAAAAUCAUCCACUGCGGUAGGUUCUGUCAUUUUAUAGAGGAGAAAACUGAGGUUUAGUGCCCAGGUGUCACAGCCCAGGGGCACUUAUCCACACAGCCUCUUCUUUUUCUAAGCAGUAGAAGGACGAAAAAGCCUAACAGCCAAAAUAGUAAGCACAAGACCAUAAAGCUGGGAUUCUAUACACUACAGAAGGAUUACCUCUAUUCUCAUGUAGGGGCUGGCUUUCUUUGUUAUCCCAAUAUAGUUUUUUGAAAGAUGGAUUCCCUGACUUCCCAGACUUGCCCUCAGCAAAUAGCAAAGAGGAGUAUGCACUGAGAUAGGUGUUUAUUUAUUUAGUCACAGGGUACUGACUAGAAGCCUACAGCACACCAGGCACUGUACUGGGCACCGCAGAUACACGGGUGGGCCAGCCGGGACUAGGCACAGCCCUCACUGUCCGUACAGUCUAGUAUGGGAGACAUCGUAAUCAAAUCUCAGAAAUAAAUGUACAAUUCCAAGUACAGUAAGUACUGCAGAGUUGUCCCAGUUGCUCUGAAAGCACAUAACAGGCAAAUCCAAACCUCGUCAGAGAGCUAGGAGCCAGGCGGUUUGUAAGGGCAGACACAUCCCUGGUUAGUACUUGGAUGGGAGAAACAGUGAAACUAAUGCCGAUUUAGUAUAAUAAUAAUGGAUGCUUAUAAUGAGCUUAAAUCAUAAAGUGAAAUUAUACCAUGUCCCAUGUUUGAGAAAGUAUAAAGUAUUUAAUACGUUUGGAAAGAUUCCCCGUGAGAAUUACCUGGGCUAAAAACCUUGGGCAUUUGAAGAGAUAUGUAUUAGUUCUGUGUAAGUUCACUACAUUGGGUAGAUUAUUUUGGUGUUACUCUUAACAAUGUAUCCUCACUAUCCUGUUGCAUGAAAUACGGAAGUAAAACUGAAAGAACCA